GUCGACGCCCUAACGUCAGUGAUCACGUGUUUUCUACAACGAUUUGCUCAAGUUGAAGAAAAGUUUGACAAGCCCGAGGAGUCUCGACAGAGUCGCUUAACAUCCAGGAAAAGAAAACGCUAACGUAACUGACAGUUAUCCACAGUAACAGUAAGGUCGUUUAUUUCCACGGAAACAAUGGAAUCUGUCGCCCAGAAAGUGCUUACUUCUGGAUUUAGUCUUGACUUGGGACCCCUGAAAGAACCUUUGGCAUUCAUCCGUUUGCUAGAAUGGGUGUUCGCCAUAUUUGCCUUUGCUACCACCGGAGGUUACAGCGGCACAACCAGCAUCAACGUCAAGUGCCAAGGGAGUGAGAAUAAAGAAAUACAGGCACUCUUUAACUACCCGUUCAGGUUGAUGCGUGAUUCCUAUGUUGUUCCUGACUGUAAUAAUCAGACUACCACAACCACUUUGCACCUGACAGGAGACCACGCAUCCUCAGCCGAAUUUUAUGUCUGCAUCGGAGUGUUGGCAUUUCUUUACAGCACUGCUACACUAGUCCUCUACUUGGGCUACCAGCACUUGUAUAGGGAAUCUAGUCGUGGCCCCGUCAUGGAUCUGUUGGUGACUGCAGCCUUGGCCUUCCUGUGGUUGGCAGCAUCCUCUGCUUGGGCUAAAGGCUUAUCCGAUGUGAAGAGCGCCACCAGUCCGUCAACCAUUAUUACUGUUGUUGCUGCUUGCAAGGACCCCAAGAACAGCUGCUCCCCAGGCGCUACACCUCUUAUGGGCCGAUUAAACGCCUCAGUGAUUUUUGGUUUUCUUAACCUCAUCCUGUGGGGUGGCAACUGCUGGUUCAUUUACAAGGAAACACCCUUCCACAAAGCCAACCAGCCUGCAGGCGUGGAGGGGGGUGUGAGGCCAUCGUAACUGCACAGCCUCCUCAUCUGAGAAUUGUCUAAAGUGUUUUGUUUAAUGAGUCAUUUUGGUACUAAUUGUUAAAAGCAAAUACUGUAGAAUCCAAGGUACACUUUUCUAAAAUGCUCCUUUUUUAUAAUCAGAAGGUACUAAAACUUGAGCUGUUCAGACUGACAGCAACACAGGAUAUGCAUCACAGUUAUACCCAAGUAUCCAAAGCAAAGGGUCCGUAUCUCAAAUGGUACUGCAGAUGUGGACUGUAUGCCUUGUUGGUGACAAUUCAAAAUGCAGCAACUGCCAACAGUAUUUCUGUAGCAUAUAUUAUUUUUGCCAUCAGGAAUUUCUUUUAAAAAACCUCAGGGCUAUUGAGUGUAAUAAUUACAAAACACCUAAUGAAGAUAAAAUACUUGAAAUGCAUGCAUUAGAAACACAAGUCUAGCCUGGAGACAAAAUAAAAUUUAAGUCUAAUCCUAAAACAUACAACAGGCAUUAAAAAGUGCAGCUGCAACACAUUAAUGUUAAAUAGUAGUUUAUUUGGAAAAAUAAUCCAGUUGCCAAUAUGAGAUUAUUUAUAAUGGGUGAGAGCAAUUGUAUGAAAUCAUUUUGUAUUAAGUAACACCUUGUCAUCUCACCAUGUCAGGCUCAAACAGUGAGAUUAGCCUAACAGAAGAAUAUUAUGUUGAAUGUGGUAUAUGUAUCCGUUAGAGUACAUUAGCUCUUUUUUUAAUUUUUACAUUUAAUACCAUUACACUUCCUGAAAAUAUGUUUCUUUUCUUUGUUCUGCAAAGGUUCUAAUGUUUAAAUGAAAAAAAGAAAAAGAAAAUAUCCCUGUAAGGUUGUAAUGUAUUUGAAUACCACUGUACUAUGAAUUUGAUACCCUCAGCUAGUUGGGCACCCUUAGCUGUUUUUCAUAAACCAAUCACUGAUCUCUAACCUGUUACUAACUGCAUACUUUUUUUUAUAUUGCUUUUGCCUGGCUUCUACCUCCACUUUGUUAUAAGGGAAGGCAAGCUGUUUUUCUCUCUCACUGCCAUCAACAAUGCAUCAUUAAAAGGAAGAACUGGA